ACUACACUGCGACUGUAUAACUGCAAAAAUAUUCCUCCAUAAACGCUUUGCCAUUCCCAAUUGGCAAAUCCAACCUAGCCGCAACCCAAUGAAGAAGAAGCAAAAAUCCACCACCAGCAGCUCCGUCGCAGAUGCCGCGGUGGCAACCACUCCGACCACCGCCAUAGAUUUGAAAUCCCUAAUCCAUGACAACAGGCUCUUCUUCGACAAGCUAAUUGACCUAAUUCCUCCUAGAUUCUACCUCCCUAAAGAAGAACCCGACUCCUGGUAUCAAGGUCUCCCUAAAGCUGCCAAAGCUUCGUUGAAGAAACAAUCGAGAGAAAACCUCAAACUCGCUCGUCGUAAUCGACUUGAUCCUGAGAAGAAAGAGCAGUCUUCCACUCUCGGUCUCCUCGAACAAUCUCUUCAGAAAAAGGAGAAAACUGAUGCGGAAGAUGAUACUGCGGAGGAUCACGGUGAACCUAUGCCGAUUAAUUUGGAGGAAGGUGAUAACCUUACUAAAGAUACUUCUGCUGUUACUUACGAGGAGCUGAGGCAAAGGCUCCGUAGGAAGAUCGAAAUGCUCCGUGGCAACAGAGGUGAUGGAGAGAGUUCAGAGAGCAAUAAAGUUAAACAGCGAAAGAGGAGUGAAAAAGAUGCGUCUUUGGCGAAAUCCGAGGGUAAGAAGAGGAAGAGAGGUGAAGAAGGAGAAGACGAUAACGGGGACGAUGGCGUGAAUUCGGUGGAAAAGGAAAUAGAGUUUGGAAAAAUCAAAAUUGGGGACGAGAAUGACAAGAAAAAGAAGAAGAAGAAAGUAUCGAAAGCUAAAGAAUUGGAAAGGCUGAAGAGGUUGGAAGAGGUGAAGAGGGAGGAUAGGACGUUGGCGGAUAAAGAAGCAUGGAAGGCAGCAGAAAAGAAGGCAAUGGGAGUGAAGGUGUAUGAUAACCCUAAGCUAUUGAAGGAGAGUAUGAAGAGGGAGAAGAGAAGGAAAGAGAAGAGUUCUGAGAAGUGGAAGGAAAGAAUCGAGACUACGGAGAAGUUGAUGAAGGAGCGUCAACAGAAGAGAAGGGAUAACAUUGCUGGCAAAGUCAAGGAGAAGAAGAUGAGGAAGAUUGCCAAGAGGGAGAAGAAGCUCAUGAGGCCGGGCUUUGAGGGGCGAAAGGAAGGCUACAUUACUCAGGACAAAAGCUAAGCUGACUUGAAGGUCACAGCAACUUGACACAUAUGCUGAAGUGCCAGUUAAGCGAGGUGUUCUUCCUUUGAAGAUGUGAAGGUGCACAUCAACUUGACACCUAUGGUCAAGUGCCAGUUAAGCGCGGUGAAGCUAACAACCUGGGUUCAUGGCUUACACAUGCUUUAAGCGAGCCUUUAACUACACUAUUUACUACAUAUACUUCUUUCAGUUUUGAAAUCAUCAAAUGAUUGAGAGUGUAACAAGAUAUUUUCUUAAGAAAGGUACUCCCUCCGCCCGCUCCCCCCCACCAAUUUAUGUGUCACUUUUUGCUGGAUGUUAAAUUGGAUAAGAUCAACUCAAUAUUUUACUAUUAAAUUUGUAUAUUUAAAAACUCUAUAAGAAGUACUAUACGUUGCAAUCUUCUGAUGUCA